CUGAGUAAUUUGAAGCGUGAUCUCCGCUGGUGAACGUAUAUCCGACGACUCAUCAGCAGAAACGGAGUUGCUCCAGCUGAUCCCUUGUCAGCAUCUCACACACACACACACACACACACACGCACGCACGUGCGCGCGCGCGCACGCAUGCACGCACGCACGCACCCAUACUAAGGAAGGUGCGUUCGAUUUGCCGGCACACGUACGGCCGUGCAGGCACUAACACAGGGGCGCGCACCCCACCACCCUUAUCCGUGAGAGCGUAGCAGCGGACCAGCCGAUAAAAUGAAUGAGAAUGAUAAGUCAGUUAAGUGCGAGAACUCCGCCGGCGAGGAGGAGGAGGACGAGAUGUUCGAGCGCGAGCUGGCCGAGGACGCGCAGUGGAAGCGAAUUCAACAGAACACCUUCACGAGAUGGGCGAACGAGCGGUUGAAGGUGGCAAACAAGCACAUCGGCGACCUGGAAUGCGAUCUGUCUGACGGUCUCCAGCUGGUGAGUCUCAUCGAGGUGCUCUCGCAAAAGCGGCUGCCGAAACACAACCAGCGGCCCACCUUUCGUUCUCAGAAGCUGGAGAACGUGUCCGUCGCUCUUAAAUUUUUGGAGGACGAAGGCAUCAGGCUCGUUAAUAUCGAUUCUUCAGACAUCGUAGACUGUAAAUUAAAGUUGAUCCUCGGUUUAAUAUGGACCCUGAUCCUGCACUAUUCGAUCUCUAUGCCCAUGUGGGAAGGCGACGAUGGCGAGGACAAGGGCGCUACCCCGAAGCAAAGGCUGAUGCACUGGAUCCAAUCGAAGGUGCCGGAUCUACCGAUCUCGAACUUUACCUCCGAUUGGAACGACGGCCGCGCGGUGGGUGCGCUUGUUGACGCGGUCGCACCUGGCCUUUGCCCGGAUUGGCGGGAUUGGAACCCGAAAGAUGCAGUCCAGAACGCGUCCGAAGCGAUGGGCCUCGCUGACGACUGGCUCAAUAUUCCUCAGCUCAUUAAACCCGAAGAGAUGAUAAAUCCAAACAUCGACGAGAUGUCGAUGAUGACAUACCUAUCACAAUAUCCCAGCGCAAAAUUAAAACCAGGUGCACCUCUGCGCGCCCGUACGAACCCAAACAGCAUCCCACCGCCGCGAGUACGUGCUUAUGGUCCCGGUAUAGAACCAACCGGUUCAAUCGUUGGUGCUCCUGCCAAUUUCACCGUGGAAACCUUCUCCGCCGGCAAGGGUAACGUUGAUGUUGUCGUCGAUGAUCCCAAAGGGAAUAAAUUACCGGUCGAUAUCAGAUUCAACAAGGACAGGAAUCUGACAUACUCCGUGUCAUAUACUCCAAAAAUGGAAGGUCCGCACAAAGUGAAGGUACUCUUCGCUGGCAGAGAGAUUCCGAAGAGUCCAUACACCGUUAAUGUCGAAGGACACGCUGGUGAUCCGAGCAAAGUCACGGCAAGCGGGCCGGGUCUGCAACCGGAAGGAGUCGUCGUGAAUAGACCUACUUUCUUCGAUAUCUUUACAAAGGACGCCGGUCGCGGUGUGCCUGAAGUCAUCAUCUUAGAUCCGCAGGGUAGCAAAACCACGUCGGUAAAGCUGCGUCAGACCUCGGCAGACGUCUGGAGAUGCGAGUACGUAUCGCCAGUGACGGGUCUACAUUCCGUCAACAUAUUCUUUGCCGGCAAACCGAUACCUAGAAGUCCCAUUGGUGUAAAUAUUGCACCGGUUUCCGAUGCGAAGAAAUGCAGAGCGUACGGACGAGGACUGUUGCCUACUGGCGUCCGCGUCCAGGACAUCGCCGACUUCGUUGUCCUCACUAAGGAUGCUGGUGAGGGUGUACCGGACAUUCGCGUAAUCGGCCCGGGAGGCGUCAGUCAACCAGUGCAAAUGUCCAAAACCGACGCUACGACUUACAAAUGCCACUAUACGCCGGUUAAGGAAGGCCGUCACGUAGUAAUGAUCACAUAUGGCGGUAAAGAGAUUCCCAAGUCGCCCUUUGAGGUCAAUGUAGGUCCUUAUAAGGAGUCCAACAUCAAGGCUUUUGGACCUGGUCUGCACACCGGCGUCGUCGGUCAUCCAGCGAAAUUUACAGUAAACACAAACGGUGAGACCGGCGCCCUUGGCUUCUCCAUCGAAGGCCCAUCCAAAGCGAAGAUAGAAUGCAACGAUAAUGGCGAUGGAACCGCCGAUGUUUCUUAUUUGCCUACCGCGCCAGGCCAAUACGCGGUCCAUAUCCUCUGCGAUAACGAGGACAUUCCUAAAUCGCCUUAUAUCGCGACUAUUUCGCCGAAGACCGAUUUUGAUCCAGAGAAGGUUGAAGUUUACGGACCAGGAAUUCAGCCAGAAGGUGUUGCCAAAGACGAACCGACGAAUUUUACGAUUGAUGCGAGAGAAGCCGGUCAGGCGGCUCUGGAAGUUGCCAUUCAAGAUGCUCUUGGAAAAGAAGUUCCUCUUAGAUUAGGCGACAACCGAAAUGGCACUGUUCAAGCGUAUUACACACCUAUAUCUAGCUCCCCACAUGUUGUGAUGGUGAAUUAUGGCGGAGUGGCUACGAAGAAAUCUCCAUACAGAGUUAAGAUAGCUUCGCCCUUGAAUCCUGCUAUGGUCUCCGCCUUUGGCCCCGGUCUUGAGAAAGGUGUGAAAUCUAACGUUCCCACACAUUUCAAUGUCGACUGUCGCGAGGCUGGCCCCGGUAAAUUGGACGUUAAAAUGCUGAAUCCUGAAGGCCGAGAACUUCCAAUUUCAUUAACGGAUAAUGAAGACGGCACGUACGUCGUGGACUACAUGCCACCACAGCCAGGAAACUAUACAGUGAAUCUCAACUAUGGCGGAUUGAAGGUACCUCAAUGCCCCAUUAAGAUCAACGUUCAGCCUCAUGUGGACGUGUCCAAGGUUAAAGUGGAUGGUCUGGCACCAACGGCCCCGGUGAACAGCCUGCAGCAAUUCCGCGUGAUAACGCAGGAGGCGGGCAGGGCGGCGGACUUCCAGGUGGCGAUCACGACUCCGUCCGGCAAUCGGGUCAAGGCGCACGUGGUGCCGACUCACGAGGGCUACCUGGUUAACUUUACCCCAACCGAGCUAGGCGAAUAUCUGCUGGGAAUCAGCUUCGGCGGCGAGCCAAUCUCGAAUCAGCCGUAUCGGCUGACCUGCGUUCAUGGCUCCGAUCCGGGCAAGGUGCGGGCUUCGGGACCUGGUCUCUCCCACGGUGUGGUGAACAAGCCGGCCGAGUUCGUGAUCGACACGCGUGGAGCUGGCCAAGGUGGUCUCGGCGUGACCGUCGAGGGUCCUUGCGAAGCCGCGAUAAAUUGCAGAGACAACGGCGAUGGCACCUGCUCCGUCGCUUACCUGCCCACUGAGACCGGUGACUAUGGUAUCAACAUCACCUUCAACGAACAGCAUGUGCCGGGCUCGCCUUUCCAGGCCAUUGUCGUACCGGAUGCGGAUCUAUCCAAAAUCAGAGUCAGCGGGAACGGCAUCCAGCCACACGGAUUAUUCGUGAACAAGCAAACGUCAUUCACGAUAGACGCGAGAGAGAUCACCAAGUCGAAGACUGACGACGGUAAGGUGUCCUGUGUCAUAAAUAAUCCCAGUGGCGGUAAAACCGAGAAGCUCAUCAUCCCCCAGGGUGAUGGCACUUACUGCGUCAGUUACACGCCUUUCGAGGAGGGUUGCUACACCAUUGACAUUCUUUACGACAACGUACCCAUCCCGGGUUCACCAUUCUCUGUCAACGUACAACGCGCCUCCGAUCCCAGCAAGUGCCGUGCAUAUGGUCCUGGUUUGGAGCAAGGCAUCACGGACAAAACAAACUAUUUUACGGUGGAGACUAAAGGGGCUGGUAAUGGUGGUUUGGGUGUGUCGAUUACGGGUGACGGAGAGGUCAGAGCGGAAGCCAGGGAAAAAUGGGAUGGUUCCUGCGAUGUCGAAUAUGUUGCCAAGGAAUCUGGUGACUACGAAAUCGAUAUUAAAUUUGCUGAACAGAGCAUACCCGGUUCGCCGUUCAAGAUCAAAGUUAUAUCACCGAAAAAGAAUGUGAUCGCUUACGGACCCGGUCUGCACAUGGUACGCGAGGGUGUGCCCGCCAAGUUCACGGUAGACGCAUCAAAAUGCGACAAACAGGCACCGGUGAAAGUACGCAUGUCGCCUAACUUGGGACAGGAGCCUCAGAUCAAGAGCAAAGGUGACGGUCUGUACGAGGUGACAUAUCAGCCACCGCCUGCUGGAAGUAACGUGCGGCUUGAUGUUACUUUCGAUGAUGACAACAUCAACGGCAGUCCGUUCGAUGUGAAAGUUCUGCCCUUCGUAGAGCCAAACAAGGUAACUUUAUCGGGUCCCGGGGUGGCGCCCUUUUGCACUGCCUCCUUCCCGAUUGACUUCAUCGUGGACACUUCUAAUGCUGGUUACGGCGAUCUUGAAGUGCAAGUUGUGGGACCGGAUCAAGUGCCGCGUAAGGUAGUAGUGCAGGAUCUCGGCGACGGAAAGUAUAAGGCAACCUAUCUGCCGGACGACUGCGGUCGCUACAAAGUCAACGUGAAAUACGGCGGUAAGGAAGUGCCGAACAGCCCGGUGACCGUGCAGAGCACAUCUAUCGGCUCGGCGAACAAUUGUAAAAUCAAAGAGGGCAUUCAGCACACUUUGGCUCAGGGCGAGGAAUACUGCAUUACCGUGGACACUGAAAAUGCAGGCCGCGGAGCAGUGACCUGCCGCAUCCGCUCCACUACUGGAAGUGAAGUCGUUGACAUUGACAUAGAAGACAACGGCGAUGGCACAGUCAACAUUUACUAUACUGUUGCUGAUGCGGGAGACUACACCCUUAGCAUUAAAUUUGGCGGUCAACCGGUGCCUGAUGGAUUCUAUACCUUCACAGCAUCCGAGGAGUAUCGGGAACAUAGCACGCACAAAACUCAACGAGGUCGCAAAACACGGCAGAAACAAAAUCAACACGUUGUCGAGCAGCGUAGCACAACCCUACAGGAAAGCUCUACUGUCACUACAAAACGUAGCAGCCAGCAGGAGCUAUCAAAAAAGAAUUUCAACGUUAUCCGAUUGAACUCCAUCCCACUACCUCUCCCGAGCGGAGGCACAGUUACUUCUGAAGUGAAGAUGCCUAGCGGAAACGUGGACAAGCCAGUUAUCGAGGACAAUCAUGAUGGUACGGUAUCUAUCAAGUACGAGCCGAGGGAAGAGGGCCUUCAUGAGAUUUAUGUGAAAUUUAACGGUGAACACGUCCAGGGUUCUCCCUACAAAUUCCAUGUCGAUUCUUUGGCGAGUGGAUAUGUAACAGCGUAUGGACCAGGUUUGGUUUACGGCGUUUGCGGUGAACCUGGAAACUUCACCAUCUCGACGAAAGGUGCCGGUGCGGGUGGUCUUUCGUUGGCUGUCGAAGGGCCCAGUAAAGCCGAAAUAAGCUGUCACGACAACAAGGAUGGCACGGUAUCGGUAUCUUAUCUGCCUACCGCACCCGGAGAAUACAAAAUUACCGUUAAGUUCGGCGAUAAGCAUAUCAGAGGCAGUCCUUUUGUCGCAAAAAUUACGGGCGAGGGCCGUAAGAGGAAUCAGAUCUCUGUAGGUUCUUCUAGCGAGGUGCAGCUGCCGGGUAAGGUGUCCGACGCUGAUAUCAAAUCUCUAAACGCGUCCAUCACGGCACCCAGCGGUCUGGAGGAGCCGUGUUUCCUAAAGAAGAUGCCGGGAAGCGGUAACAUGUGUGUGUCGUUUACGCCACGUGAAGCAGGCGAGCAUACCGUGAGCGUGAAGAGAAUGGGCAAGCACAUACCGAAUUCCCCCUUCAAGAUCGACGUGAAGGAUCGCGAGGUCGGUGACGCGAAGAAAGUUAAAGUUUCCGGUCCCGGUCUGAAGGAGGGUAAGACCCAUGUGGAGAACAAAUUCUCGAUUGAUACGAGGAAUGCUGGUUUUGGUGGUCUCUCCCUUUCGAUGGAAGGCCCGAGCAAAGCCGAGAUCCAAUGCAAGGACAACGAGGACGGCACUCUUAACAUCUCUUACAAGCCCACCGAGCCCGGUUAUUACAUCAUGAAUUUGAAGUUUGCGGACCACCACGUCGAGGGCUCGCCAUUCACCGUCAAAGUUAGCGGAGAGGGUAGCAACCGGCAGAGAGAGAAGAUUCAAAGACAGCGAGAGGCUGUGCCAAUUACCGAGGUCGGCAACCAAUGCAAACUGACCUUCAAGAUGCCUGGUAUCACAUCCUUCGAUCUCGCCGCCACUGUCACGUCACCCGGUGGUGUCACCGAAGAUGCCGAGAUCAAGGAGGCCGAGGAUGGCAUCUACGCGGUAGCAUUCGUACCUAAGGAGUUGGGCGUGCACACGGUGUCCGUGCGUUACAAGUCCAUGCACAUCCCUGGCUCGCCUUUCCAGUUCACUGUAGGUCCGCUCAGGGACGGUGGUGCGCACAGAGUUCACGCGGGUGGACCCGGUCUAGAAAGGGGAGAGCAAGGUGAACCAUGCGAAUUCAACAUCUGGACCAGGGAAGCGGGCGCGGGUACUCUUGCCGUCUCCGUCGAGGGGCCUAGCAAGGCACAAAUAGAUUUCAAGGAUCGCAAGGACGGCAGUUGUUACGUUAGCUACGUCGUUAGCGAACCCGGCGAAUAUAGGGUGGGAAUCAAGUUCAACGAUCAGCACAUCCCUGACUCGCCGCACAAGGUUUACAUCUCACCGGCGAUGGGCGACGCACACAAACUCGAGGUCGCGCAAUUUCCCGAAAGCGGAGUGCAGCCCGACAAGCCCUGCACCUUCCUGGUGCGCAAGAACGGCGCCAAGGGUGAACUGGAUGGGAAGCUUGUAUCACCAAGCGGCACCCAGGACGAUUGCUUCAUCCAGAGUAUUGAUGCGGACACAUACUCGGUAAGAUUCAUGCCGACGGAGAACGGUAUCCAUCAAAUCCAUCUCAAGUUCAACGGAGUGCAUAUGUCGGGUAGUCCGUAUCGUGUCAAAGUUGGUAAAGUGGACGCUGAUCCAGCGGCGUUGCACGCCUAUGGCAACGGUCUAAAGGAGAUCAAGACCGGUCAGAAAACCGAUUUCAUCAUCGAUACCUGCAAUGCGGGCAGCGGAGCGCUGGGAGUUACUGUGGAUGGACCCAGCAAGGUCGCUAUGGAUUGUACCGAAGUCGAGGAGGGUUACAAGGUCAGGUACACGCCUUUGGUACCAGGCGAUUAUUAUAUCAGCAUCAAGUACAACGGCUACCACAUCGUCGGUUCACCAUACAAGGUUCCUUGCACAGGCGCGGAUUUGGCGGAGAGAGGCGCGCAAGAGACAAGCUCGAUCGUUGUAGAGACUGUGCAAAAGAUAUCGAAAAGCAAGCAGAUUGGACCGGUAUUGCCAUUGUUUAAGUCUGAUGCGGGCAAGGUGACGAGUAAAGGCAUGGGCCUCAAGAAAGCUUACUUAGGAAAACAAAAUCAAUUCACUGUGCAUGCGGGAGACGCUGGUAAUAAUAUUCUCUACGUGGGCGUGUACGGGCCCAAAGGACCAUGUGAGGAGGUCUUUGUAAAGCACACAGGCCGGAACAAUUACAACGUGAGUUACCUGGUGCGCGAGCGGGGCGAAUACAUCGUGAUCGUCAAAUGGGGCGACGAUCACAUCCCCGGUUCACCUUAUAAGGUCGAGAUUUAAGCCGAAUCAGCAUCCAGAUCAGACGUAACGCGUCUGUAACCGCAACGACGGUCAAUAAAAUAGAGUCAUGCGUCAUUUCGUUGUAAAUUGCAUGGGUCUUCGAGUUCAUAUUCAUCUUCGCCAAGUACAGAAACGAAUUAAGUGCCAAUUUAGAUUUUCGAACGUAAAUUUGUAAUUUAACAUUAACUAUUGUUGAAAGAUACGUCUAAAACGAUCCGGCCUACGUUGAAACGACGCAUGUUAAAUCAAUUUCUAGAAUAGCAGUCGUACACAGAAGACAAUUAUGACGCUCUGAUGAUAAAAUUAUGAUGUGACUUCUCGCCAACAUAAUUCAUUCGUUCAUUCUUUCAAAGUCUUGGGGAUAAUUUUGACAUCUUAGAAUUGACGAUUUUUGCUGAAUUCGCGAAACAGAGUAGAAUCGCAAUUAGAAGUUAAAAACGACGAAGGAACAUGUAGGUCAAUUACUGUUGUUUGUUCAAAAACACCAAUCGUGCCUUUGAUUCGAUAUGAUACAUACAGAGAUAUAUUAUUCGACAGAAUCACACACAUGCAGUACCAUAUACAAAGACAUAUGCUAAGACGCUUCAUGUCGCACCCAAGUCAAAUCUUGAUUAUGUUAUAUAUUAUUGAUUAUUGGGGAAACAAUUGAAACGGUCCCUCAUCGAUUUUAAUGAGUUUUAUUAUA